AAUACAAUCAAUACAGUCGGUGGACGCCUUCUGCAGGUACCAUCUAACUGUUCUUGUGGCAGACGGGCAUCUUAAUUUUCAGUACGAUGAUUCUAUUGUGAAUGUGAAUGAAUUUUGUAUGAAAAAUGUUUGUGAUGGAGACUGUCAUAAAUCAGCUACGUUCACUCCUUCAAUUGGACCACCCAGUAUAUACUGAUCCGAUGAUUUCGACGAAUAGUGGAGCAUUGGAUGCACCCAUCUGUCAAAUUAUAAGAACAAAUCAUCAUUAAUGCCGGAAAAAUUCGCAGGCACGAUAUAAUGGGUUCCAUACGUUAUGGCAGCAGGGUGGGUUCCGUCUCCCCACCACCCCCUGGACUAGGCCCCUGUUACCGUUCCCAAUGCUGCUGGCCCAGCGGUCUUGGGCACAUUCACAACAUAUCCUGGACUUCGACUCUGGCUAACACUUCUAUAAAUAACUACGAUAUAGCUAGUUACGCAAAUAAGCUGAAGAUUGAGAAAGCUACGUCAGAUCUGUCUCGGCAAGCUUCAGUGCGCGAUCAGUUCCUUCUUUCAAAUAAGUUCCUUCUGAAAGGUAAAUUACGGCGUUGUGGACAAGUGCGGCGUCAUGUUUUCGAUGGACUCAAUAGUUAUGAGGAUGACGACAUUUUGAACAACCUGGAUCGUCUGCCCAGGUUCCGCUUCGGCGGCAAUCGCUCAAACCACAAGUUCAGGGAGUCAGAGAAGGGGGUGGACGAACAAUUGCUCAAAGAUGUGAAUGAUCGACUCAGACGCAGUCCUGUGGUACCGCCGAGAACGAAGAGGAACGCGCAUUCCCUGAAACCGCAACCCAAAACCAGCGAACCAACUUCAACCCAUCAGCGGCCGCUACCCCUAAGAAGUGCCUCCUUCUCCCAAGUCGAGUACCAACCAGAUGGGAAGAAAUACAUCAGAAAGGCGGACGGUACAUCGUAUUCAGAGGUCAACAACAUCCACCAGAGCGGCAUUGCAACAUUGCCAAGACCAAAAAACAGUUGUGAGGGUGUCUCGAAACAAUUGGAACCUCAAACCGCACCACCAGACUCUGACAAUAAUAUGAUCACUAAAGAUGAACAUCCCCCACAAAACGAAAUUCCAGAAAACCCUCCAAAGCUGAGCGAUUACAAGGAAAUCUCAGCAGGUAUCAGUAGGUUAUCUUCGGGGGAUUCCAUCGAAGACAAGAGGUUCAAAUCGAAAAGAAGAAAAGGUAUCUACCUCUCCUGGUCCACCUUCACUGAACCACCAGAGAAUAUCAUUCCACAAUUCGUGGAAGAUGGAGAUUUCGGUAAAUUAGACCAGCCAACCAACAACAACACUGAAACGCAACGGAAUUCAAACAUGGAAAGCAAACUGAACGAUCUCUCCCAAUGGAGCAGUCCUCAGGAAGAACCCUUGAGUCCGGAAGACAACAACACGCCGCCAGAAUGGCCCAGCAGGUGCAGACCACAUCCGACGUACCUUUUCGAAAGGACCAACUCCGUUGAAUCCUACUCCAGAGAAGCCAGUAUACAACGCAUGGAUUCAUUCUCUGAAGAUGAAUCCGAAAGAAAAUCCGAUCAGUUAUCUCUCCUCCAGUCCGAUCUUUCCGACUUGGAUGGAAAGGUAGCACCGAAAAGGUACACCAAACGACCACUCAGAGGACCCUACGGUCAAAUGCUUGAGGCGGAAAUGAAGAAACCAGAAGUUGCCAUGAAAAACAACUACGAUCUCAAUUUUCUCAACGAAAUCUCAUCCACAAACUCAGCAACCAGGUCUUCCUCCAUGAAAUUAGAGAAUGAGUUCAAACCCAAACAUUCAAAGCGCGAAUCCAGCUCUAAGUCUUACGAUGAAAACCAACUGAAAGACUGCUGCAAUCAGAUAUCAGAUAAACAGAGGACUGGACAACCCAAGAGGAAAGUAAGUGCAGACAAUUUAAUACUAGACAGGGACCAGUUAGUGAAUCACCAAAGGACUAUAUCGAGCCCAUCGAAAUUCGAAAAUUUGAGCAACCCAGUGGUCUCCAAUCAACUCCUGACCCAACUGUUACAAGGGAGUUCCGAACAACUGGCCAUCCUAGCCAACAAGGAAAAACUGUCGAACGACACCAGAACGCACGUGGUCGUCGAACUCUACGACAACGAAAGGAACUAUGUUGAAUCCCUACAGAUUCUUCUCACGAAAUAUUUGGAACCCCUCAAGAGUCCCGAUUAUGCAAAUUGGCUGGAUGCAUCCCUUCUGGAUGAAAUCUUCAACCAAAUUCCCUUCCUCUUAUCGUACCAUCAACAUUUCCUAGAAGAAUUAAAGAAACGUCUGGAACAAUGGGAUAUCAGACAGAAAAUCGGAGAUGUUUUUGUUGAGUUUUUUUCUAAACCCGCACUUAUAGAUUGUUAUACCGGCUAUGUCAACAGUUGGAAAAGAGCUAGGAACAUCAUCAAGACUGCUAAAGACACGAAGCCGCAGUUUGCCAAAUUCCUGGAGAAUACUGCUAGGGAGCAUCGUGGAAAGUUAACAAUCGAUUCCUUACUGAUAAAACCUAUUCAAAGAUUUCCCAGAUACGAAUUGCUGCUCCAGAGGCUUAUAAAGCAUACAGAUAGUUCUCAUGCAGAUUAUAGCAUUCUCCUCGUUGCGCAAAAAGAACUUCACGAACGAACCCUAAUAAUCGACUGUACAGAAAGGGAAACCUUAGAAUUAGAUUUAUUGAGAGAUAUAGAGGGUUUGAUAGAAGGUCUGAUAGAUUUGGUAUCGAUGGAUAGACAAUUCAUCAGACAUGAUCUCGUCAGUAUGACAGGGGGAGUUGGUACGAGAAAAGAAAGAGGUUUGCUUCUGUUUUCUGACUUUCUUCUCAUAACUAGCAUCAAAAGGAAAAGUGGUGCCAUAAGGAAACCAACUUCGGAGAAACCAGGAGUGAUUGGAGCUUUAGAAGCUAAUAAAUAUAAACUCCUGAUGAAGAUACCGCUGGAAGAUCUCGAAAUAACCAAGUCCAAAGAUGAAAACGUUAGGCAGAUGAUGAUCGAAAUAGAAAAUCUCAAGGAAGAUUCGAGUAUAUUGAAUCAAAUAAGCGAAAUGAGUGGGAAUCUUCAUUGCAAUCAUAGUCAAUUAGAUGAUCUCGUUAAGGAAAUGCUUUCUUUGGUGAACAAACAUCUCAGCGAACAGCAGGCAUGCGAAUCGCAAUUGUCUUAUUUGGACCUGAACCUGACCACUCAGAGCGGUUCAGAGCACAUAUCCAUAAUGUUUUCCAACGCGGAAAAAAGAGCUGCUUGGGAGGAAGCUUUCAUAGAGACGAAAAACAAAUUAGUUAUCUCAGGUGUGAAAAAUCCAAUACCGGAAUUAGUUGCUACCGUGCCUAUAAGGAAAACCCGUUCGGGCCUUCAGUUUACUUGCGCAGCUUCAACUUCAUGUGAUACUAAUAAAACUGUAUGGGUUUGCAAUAGUGACGGUUACGUGGGUCAAGUUUGUGUUCUUAGUUUCCAACCGGAACCUACAGUAUCUUCUUGCAAUGGUGUCUGCAAUGCGAAAAUUUUGUGUGUUGCCGCUGUUCCAGCCGGCAAAGACGUAGUGCCUUCGACCAAAAAGAAUAUGUCGACGAAUCAACCGGAAGACCAUAAGAUCCAACUGGAUAGCAGUUCGUCAAGUGAGGAGGACAAGAGCGACAACGAGGAUUUUGCAGAAUCUCACAAUCAAGUUACGACCAGUGCUGACAAUUCCAUAGUAGAUUUAGAGGAUAUCGAUCAUUUAGGUGCGACGAUGUGGCUUGGCACAGAAGAUGGAUGUAUUCAUGUCUACAGUUCGACUGAUAAUAUUCGAAUCAAGAAGAACAAGAUGAAAAUGCAACAUACUUCUUCUAUACUGUCGAUUAUUUAUAUGGACAACAGAGUAUUUGCAUCUUUAGCAAACGGUGAAGUGCUGGUGUAUGACAGAGAAGGUGGAUCUUGGAACGUAAGUUCCCCAAUAAUUAUACAGGUUGGAACAGCAUCUUCUCCAGUUCUGAAAAUGAUUGCUCAUGAAGGAAAGCUAUGGUGCAACUAUGGAAACUCCAUAAAAAUCUUGAACCCUCUCAGCUUGGUAACUGAGAACAUAUUCUCAAUCAAUACGGAAAACAAUAGACCCAUCAGUUGUAUUGUUGUGUCCAGGAAUAACGUCUGGUUGUCCGUGCAACAUUCUGCGGUGAUAAAAUGCUACAAUUCCAAUAACUUCGAAUUUGUUUGCGAAGUUAACAUUGCUGGGGCUGUCACCAAAAUGCUUACUAGCUGUGACGAUAUAAUAAGACAACACAAGGCAGCAUGUCUCAGAGUUACAUCCCUCUUAGCCUGCAAAGAUCUCAUCUGGAUUGGUACGUCUGCUGGUGUCCUCUUAACAAUGCCACAUAUUCGAGGAUUUUCCAACAGCCUUCUAGGCACAACGCCACCUGCAGUUACUGGAGUAUCUCAUGGGCAUACCGGACAAACAAGAUUUUUAACAUUUUUGGAAAUACCUUUUAAUAUCCCAGAGGUACCCCACAGACACUCUAGCAAGAGAAUGUCGGAUCAGAGAAACAACAUAAAAUAUUUAGUUAUAUCUGGGGGAGAUGGUUAUGAAGACUUUCGAACUUCGAACAUAUCAGAGGUGGCUGGGAGAGAAGAUUCCACGAAUCAUUUACUUUUGUGGAGCGUUUAAAUUAUUUGCAUCAUUGCAAGAUUCUUUCAAGGACCCCAAUGUGAUGGUUCGUAAAGGAAUGCGAUUCUCUAUUGAAGUAGAUGGGUGAUACAUCCCGGAAAGGAAAAGCUUAUAUUCCCAGCUUUUAUAUCAGGUACUAGGAAUUGAAUAAUCAAGUCAAUUGACUGCUUCCGUUCAAAAGAAACCCCAAAUUUUCGAAAAAUUUUAUUCUGAUGUGUAUUUUAUUAUAUUCUCCUUCAUAACUGUGUAUCAAAAAUUCAAUUUUCUGAAUAAACAUAGGGAUUUCUUCUAUGUGUUCUAAUACUAGUUAUAUGUUUCUAUAUGAGCAUUUAUUCAAACCCUGAAAAUCAGUAUUAGUAUUUUAUGUUUUAUUUCCUAAUGUGUGCCAUUAAUUUGGGAAUUUGAUGAAUAUGUUUAAGUACGAACCAUAUUAACGAAUAUAAAUACUAUUUAAACUUAUACAGUAAUUUUUUAUUGUGAAAACGUGAUAAAUUUAGGUAAGAAAUCAUUGAAGUCUUUAAUGAAUGUUCGAUAUGUCCAAUGGUAUUGAUCUGUUUCAUAAUUUUAUGCCUAAAUCUUCGAACAAAUGAACUCUUUGUUUUUUAUAUUUAUUAGAAAUUGUAUAGCAGAUUAUUCAAUAAAUUAUUCGAAGUU